UUACUUUCCCUUGACGUUCAUUAUCCCACUCAACCACCACUCACGGGGGCUCCGCGCCGGGAACCACCACACACGGCGGCGGCGGCGGCGGCGGCACAAAUUCUUAGAAAACCUAAGUGAGAGAAUAUUAAUAUUUGUAGUAUAAAUCUCGUCUUUUUUUCUCUCUCUCUCUCUCUCAUUGAAGAGUCCGGCUUGUGCGUUUCAUGCUUCUUCUGCGGUAGUCUUUAAUGUUCUUGACUCCCUCUCUCUCCUUCACUUUCUCUCUCUAGAAACCUCAGCUGUAUAUAUCUUUUUUUUCAUUUACGUUUCACUUUUGGUUCCAUAAACCGAUCUCAAACUCAAGUUCUCUCAUUGUCAUUUCAUUGAUUCAUAUCAAUGGCUGUUCAAGCUCAAUACCCUUCCAAUGUCCUCUUCCUCAACAGAAACAUUCAAGAUUCUGAACAUGAUUAUUCAUUACAACCUCAACCUGGUGGUGGAGGAGGAGGAGGAGGAGAUGUUUUUCAACAGUCUCAUCAUCUGUUCAACAAUGGAGGUGGGAAUCAUUUCAACAAUUUGAGGAAAAGAGGAAGAGAUGUCUCUGUUUCUCUCUCUGUUUCACCUCCCUUAAUCAAUCCUCUCUGUUUUCACCCUCAGAUUAUUGACCUUUCUCAGCUUCAUAACCACUACCACCCUUCCAAUGUGGUCUCCACUGGCCUCCGGUUGUCCUCCGACGACCAACAGCCGAAUCUCCACUACCAUCCUCCGCCGCCGGCGCGGAAUGAUACCAAUCUCGUUUCUUUCUCUUCCUCUGUUUUCUUGUCCGAUGAUUUUUCCUCUCAAACCAGACAGCAACGUGAUGAAAUUGAUCGAUUCCUUCAAACUCAGGAGGAAGAGCUGCGGCGAGCGUUGGCGGAGAAACGGCAACGGCACUACAGGGAACUGCUGGGGGCGGCGGAGGAGACAGUGGCGAGGAGGUUAUUGGAGAAGGAAAUGGAGGUGGAGAAGGCGACGCGCCGCCAUGCGGAGUUGGAAGCACGCGCUGCCAGGCUGUGUGUGGAGGCACAGGCGUGGCAGGCCAAGGCAAAGGCAGAGGAGGCGGCGGCGGCUGCGCUACAGGCACAGCUGCAGCAGGCGAUAACGAGGGGCGCUGGCAUUAGCAGCGGUGGAGAAGGCGGAGGCGAUUGUACGGCGGCGGCGGAGGAUGCCGGAUCGUGUUAUGUUGACCCAGAACGAGUCGGCACGGAGUUUGGACCGAGUUGUAAAGUGUGUUGGAAGCGAGUUGCGUCGGUGGUUUUGUUGCCGUGUCGGCAUUUGUGCGUUUGUACGGAUUGCGAUCAAGUGGUUCGCACGUGCCCACUUUGUCCAGCCGUGAGGAAUUCCAGUGUUGAAGUUUACCUUUCGUGAGGCCCAAUAAGGCCCAAUGGGCUGAACCUGAGUGCCUUAGGCCCAAUGGUAAAACCAAAAAAAA